CCUCCCUAUUGUUACAAUACGAUUCUGAGUUUUUGUGAUUCCUUGAAAGAUUGAAACUAUCUUAUAACAAACUGAAAACUCUUCGUAGAGUCAACUUUAAGCUCAUCGACAUCGACUGACGUACAAAGUGCCGAUAUUUGUCUGCGGAUAGCAUCCACGAUACCUGUUACAUAGUGGCACUGUAUCUCUCUAUUCUCUACAGCGACUUCGUCACAACAAAACAAGGAGUCUGGCCGUAUAUCCAGUGUGCACCGAUUUCUUCACUAGGAGCACACUCUUACCAUACAGCUUCACCACUUGAAGGUGCAUAAAACUCUGCCAUCCGUCCCAACAAUCAACGCGGUCCUCGCAUCCAGACAGCCAAAUUUCACUCGAACUUCGUUUGCUGAAUCAAGGAAACGCAGACCACGAACGACCACUAUCAACGCCACCGACACCAACAGAAAGAACCGGAACCUCCUUAUAAGCUCUCGGUCACUAUCUCAACCAACUACCUCGAGGCCCCUCCAAGAGCUCCAAUAGCUCGUCGACGCUCUUCCCCCCUCCAACAAAAAAGUAUAACCUUUCGGUCGGAGAAAUGCAGUCGUAUAACCAUCCGCGUGCCAUGUCAACACAUGGAGAUACGUACAACAACCGGCCCAUGUCUGCCGGCCCCACUUAUCGAAGUGAGAGUCGAAACUUUAAUCCGGGAGGCCGUUGUUACCCGGGCGACCAGCGAGGCCAACACUUUUUGCAACGCCGACCAUCCAACUAUCAACUUGGUCGUCAACUUUACGGAGACGACGAGGAGGACCUAGAGUACUGUCGACCAAGAGGCUCGACGAUCGGAGAUUUCGACCAAGACACCUUCGGUGGACAUCGACGCAGAGCUUCAUUCGGCGGAAACAUCGGCGGAAACAACAUGUACGGGAGUGCGUAUGGUCCUGGAAUGGGGAUGAUGAGCUCGAGCCCCCGGGAGCAGAUGCUGCGCGCCCAGAUGAUGAGAGGGGAUCUUUACGCCAUGGAUCCGAUGAUGGGUCGGAUGGGUCUUGGUGCUGGCUACGGCAGCAUGUACGGCGGAAUGGGCGGUUAUGGUGUCGGGCCUUCUAUGUAUGGUCCCGGCUCCGUUUACGGCGCCGGUAUGAUGACUCGACCACGUCCAAUGAUGGGGAUGGGGCCAGUAGGCAUGGGUGGAAUGGGCAUGGGCAUGGGCAUGGGAGGAAUGGGCAUGGGCAUGGGCAUGUAUGGACGUCCUUACCGAAUGAGUGGUCUCGUGGAAACUCCCUCUCCCCACUUGACCCGGGCAAAAAGUUGGAGUGCAUACGGACGCAUGUUUUAAAGAACCCCAAAGACUGUUUUCCCUGGCCUUCAACGGCACCAUGUAGCUCCUAAAAUCUUGCCCUCAUCUAUCUCUCAAGAAGCCCCCCCCCCCCACCCCAGCUAGUCUAUUUCACAUUUAGAACGAUCUUGAACAUAUCUUUUACGCUUGCAAGGCUUAGCGUUUGUGCAUUCACAGUUUUUUUUUCCCCUCAUAUCAAUCCAUUGCAUAGAACCAAGAAACAUCAACAUAUCAAAAAAGCUUACCAAUUUAGACCCAUACACAUGUGCAGUCUAGAUUCAAGUGCUGUCUUAUUCCAUGGUUUUUAAGAAAAAGAAUAAAUCAAAUUUAAAAAUCAAAUACAUAAUAAUCAUGCUAAACUUGCAGCUUGUGCUUGUUCUUUUGCCUAUCGUUCUUAUGAGUCGAAGAAUUUCAUUGCUUAUC